AUGGCAGACAGCGGCAAGAUGUUGGCUCAACAGGUCGCGCCUGUUCGCACGCCUGUUCACACGCCCGCGCAGUCAAAACCCAAGCAGGUGCAUUACCCGUUUUGGUUUGGAGGGUCGGCGUCAUGCUUUGCUGCGGGCGUGACGCAUCCGUUGGAUUUGGUCAAGGUCCGAUUACAGACACGUGCGCCUGAUGGGCCGAGGACCAUGAUCGCCACUUUUGGACAUAUCGUGAAGAACACUGGCUUCACAGGAUUAUACAGCGGUUUGUCAGCCGCCAUGCUACGUCAAAUAACAUACUCUACCACACGAUUCGGCAUCUACGAAGAAUUGAAAACACAUUUUGCGAAACCCUCCGCAGACUCGCCUACCGGCUCACCAGGCAUGCUUACUUUGAUCGGUAUCUCCUCCGCCUCCGGCUUCAUCGGCGGUAUCGUGGGUAACCCAGCCGACGUGAUGAACGUGCGCAUGCAGUCCGAUGCUGCCCUCCCCCCAGCGCAACGCCGUAACUACCGCCACGCUUUCCACGGACUGGUGCAAAUGACCAAGACAGAGGGAGUCGGUUCUCUUUUCCGCGGCGUGUGGCCCAACUCCACCCGCGCCAUUCUCAUGACCGCCUCGCAGCUUGCCUCGUACGACACCUUCAAGCGCAUGUGCAUUGAGCAGGCUGGCAUGGCUGACAACCUGGGCACGCACUUCACGGCCUCAUUCAUGGCUGGUUUCGUUGCUACCACUGUCUGCAGUCCCGUCGAUGUGAUCAAGACUCGCAUUAUGAGCGCUUCUCCUGCCGAGAGCCGUGGCCACACUAUUGUUGGUCUCCUGCGUGACAUUUGCCGCAAGGAGGGCCUUGGCUGGACUUUCCGCGGUUGGGUGCCUAGCUUCAUCCGCUUGGGUCCUCACACUAUUGCUACCUUCUUGUUCCUCGAGGAACAUAAGAAGCUCUACCGUAAAUUGAAGGGUAUCUGA